AUGGAAGGGGAUAGACUUGAACUGGAUCUUGGAGGAAGCAUAGAACUCAACAAAAAUCCAGUGGAAGGCUUUUCAGCAGGUUUAAUAGAUGACAAUGAUCUCUACCGAUGGGAAGUUCUUAUUAUUGGUCCUCCAGAUACACUUUAUGAAGGUGGUGUUUUUAAGGCUCAUCUCACUUUCCCAAAAGAUUAUCCCCUCCGGCCUCCUAAAAUGAAAUUCAUUACAGAAAUCUGGCACCCAAAUGUUGAUAAAAAUGGUGAUGUGUGCAUUUCUAUUCUUCAUGAGCCUGGGGAAGAUAAAUACGGUUAUGAAAAGCCAGAGGAACGCUGGCUCCCAAUUCACACCGUGGAAACCAUCAUGAUUAGUGUCAUUUCAAUGCUGGCAGACCCCAACGGAGACUCACCCGCUAACGUCGAUGCUGCAAAAGAAUGGAGGGAAGACAGAAAUGGAGAAUUUAAAAGGAAAGUUGCCCGUUGUGUAAGAAAAAGCCAAGAGACUGCUUUUGAGUGACAUUUAUUCAGCAGCUAGUAACUUCACUUAUUUCAGGGUCUCCAAUUGAGAAACAUGGCACUGUUUUUCCUGCACUCUACCCACCUAUUGCUGGACUUCUGUUGUAACAAGUUGGCAAACACUGGCGGAACUGGGCUGCAAUAAAACAUGCCAGUUAUCAAUGCUGACAAGAGCCUAACAAGUGCCAACAUACAGAUGAUUACGCAUUUUGAAUUCUAAUGAACUGUUUUAACCUUCAGGAAGAAUUGUAAAGACCUGUACAUAGCACAACACGAUCCGGAUAAUAUAUAUACU